AUGCGCCCGCUUAUCCUAACCGCUCGCUGCUGGCUCCUCCGCGCGCGUGUUCGUGCCAUGGCCACGCUUCCCAUGGCGCCCCCCGCCACCGCCAUCUCCUUCACCACCCGCCCCCUCUACUCCCCUUCUUCGCGUUCUCACCGCCGCCUCCUCGCCCGCUUCUUCUCCGUCGCGCCGGCGUCGGCCGGGCCGAGAGGGCUCCGAGCGGCGGCCUCCGCCGUUGAGGUGGGCGGUGUCAAGAUGGCGCGCGAGGAUGUUGUGAAGGAGGAUGACCCGACAAACAAUGUGCCAGACACUAUCUUCUCGAAGAUCAGCCUGCAGCUGCACAGGAGGGAUAACCAUCCCCUUGGGAUUCUGAAGAACACAAUUUAUAAUUACUUUGACAAGAACUUCACUGGACAGUUUGAUGACCUUUGCCCCCUUGUUUCUGUCAAGCAGAAUUUUGAUGAUGUCUUGGUCCCUUCUGACCAUAUGGAAGGGUUCCGUGUCUUCUCUCCUGAUGAAUGGUCAGGUUCUGGCAUGGAUGGGACAGCAUAUGCAGCUGCAGAACUCAUGAAAAUACUGGAAGGCUUGGCAAGAUAUCUAUUUGGUGCUGUAGAGAUGCGAUGGGUUGACACUUACUUCCCAUUUACCAACCCAUCUUUUGAGCUUGAAAUAUAUUUUCAGGAUGAUUGGUUGGAGGUUUUGGGGUGUGGAGUCACUGAGCAGGAAAUUUUGAAAAGAAAUGGCAGGAGAGACCAUGUGGCAUGGGCCUUUGGAUUGGGCUUGGAGCGCCUUGCAAUGGUCCUUUUUGACAUUCCAGAUAUUUGA